AUGGGCCUAAUCGCUCACUGUGGCAAACCACGUGUUAUCUACUCGGGCAAUGGAGGCACCUUUAUCAAGGCUGUGAAAUGGCUUUGCCAAUUGCAAGGAGAUGAGCACCUCCAAGGUCUCCUUGAAGAUUACAACAUCACCUGGAGAUUUAACUUAAGCAAGGCUCCAUGGUGUGGAGGACAAUUCGAGCGGUCGAUUGGAGUCAUAAAGUCUGCCAUGUACAAAUUUAUUGGGGGAGGUAUAGUCACCUGGACUGAGCUAAGCAAAGUACUGUUCAAAGUGGAAACACAAAUCAAUCGACGCCCAUUAAGUUAUCUAAUAGAUGAUGUUGAGCUACCAACACUUACACCAUCAACAUUCCUGUUCCAGCGAACCAGUCAGUUGCCAGAAGAGAAAACAUGGAGGAUUGAGAAACUGGACCAACACAAACGCACUAAAUACCUCAUGAACUGCAAGAACAGUCUCUGGAGACGGUGGCAGAGAGAAUAUUUAACAGCUUUAAAGGAGUGGCACAACCUGACACACAAGGCCGCCAAACUUCAGCCAAAUGUUGCAUAUGUUGUAAUUAUAAAGACCGAAAGCAAGAAUUGUAGGAGUUGGCCACCGGCAAUAGUGAACAAAACGUAUCUCGCGAGGGACGGAAUCAUCCAUGCAGUUCAACUCAAAACAGCAAACGGCAUGCUAGAAAGGCCUGUUCAGCACCUGUACCCUCUUGAGCUAAACUCUAAUCAGGCUUGGGAAACACAAGCAGGCACUCCCACAGCCGAUUUGAACCCAAAUGCACUAGUGUUCAGGCUGAGACGGGAUGCUGCAGUUGUUGCCAGAGCCCAGAUCCAGCACCUUGCUGAGGAUGAACAAUGA